CAACCGCCGGAAGCGGAAGUCGUGCGCCGGAACGUUGCUAGCGCGCCUGCGUGGGCGAGAAUUGCCGGCCAGUCAGGAGCCCUGUAGUAACCGCCAGUAUGAAAAACCAGCCCACGGCGCCUGUGUCCCAGUCCAGCUACCCAGAGGACACUCCGGGCUCUGAGAGACAGCGACGCAGCUCGUCCGAGAGCCCGCCAUCCGCGCAGGUCAGACACUCCCCGUGGGGCAGCCGUACUCACUCCCGCGACCGCGAAGGCCUCAGGCCUUCGUGGAGUGGUUCGGGUGCUCCCUUUAGCCGCCCUGGGUCUCGAGAGCGGCCCCCCGGGCUCCGCAACUACGACUUCUCAUCAUCUUCUUUCUCCUGUGGAGGGUACCGUUACUAUCAACACCACUAUGUGGGCGACCGGCAAUGGGCGGAGGACUGUGAGAAAGAGAAGGAGGAGAGCUAUCGCCAGAGGCGGCUGAAAGAGAGAGAAAGGAUUGGGGAGUUGGGAGCUCCUGAGGUAUGGGGGCUGUCUCCAAAGUUUCCUGAGCCAGAUUCUGAUGAACACACCCCGGUAGAGGAUGAAGAGGUAAAGACCAAGAAGAGCAGCAGUUCAGAUUCCAGCUCCGAAGAAAAAAGGAAAAAGGCCAGUCGUUCAAAAAAGAAAAAGAAAAGAAAGAAAAAGUCCAAAAGAAAACAUAAGACAUAUUCUGAUAAUACUGACAGUGAUUCGGACUCCGACACUAAUUCUAGCUCUGAUGAUGAUAAAAAGAGAGCAAAAAAACUCAAGAAGAAAAAGAAACGCAGAGCUAAAAAGCCCAAGAAAAAGAAGACUAAAAAGACUAAAAAAGAAUCCAGUGACUCAAGCUAUAAGGAUUCAGAAGGGGAGUUGCCAGAAGACAUCUGGAUUGAGCAGUCAAAGAUUGCAGAUAACAUGGACCUGAUAGGUCCCGAGGCACCUAUUAUACACACCUCUCAAGAUGAGAAACCUUUGAACUAUGGCCAUGCUCUGCUUCCAGGUGAAGGUGCAGCUAUGGCUGAGUAUGUAAAAGCCGGAAAGCGUAUCCCACGAAGAGGUGAAAUUGGGUUGACAAGUGAAGAGAUUGCUUCUUUUGAAUGCUCAGGUUAUGUUAUGAGUGGUAGCAGGCAUCGCAGAAUGGAGGCUGUGCGCCUGCGUAAAGAGAAUCAGAUCUAUAGUGCUGAUGAGAAGAGAGCCCUUGCAUCCUUUAACCAAGAAGAGAGACGGAAGAGAGAGAAUAAGAUUCUAGCUAGUUUCCGAGAGAUGGUGUACCGAAAGACAAAAGGGAAAGAUGAUAAAUAAGGACUUUUGUCCCAUAGCAGGACUUUGAACAAUUUUAUAUGACCAAAAUUAAAAGGUUUUAUGGUGCUGCUGUACCAACUGUAAGUUCCUUGAGAAAAAGCUGCUUUUUGAGAUUUAUUUAACAAUUUAUUUUGUUAACUUUGACUGUAAAAGUAAUAUGUGUACGUGUUUUUAAAAAUAUUCAAACACUACAGGAGGAGAGCCAGUAAAAUGUGAGUCUUCUACUCCCACCCCUAAUCCUUCCCUCCUAAGAAAUCUCUUUUUGGUAUUUUCUUUAUCUAUCCAUGAGUCCUGUUUAUGCACAAGCAUGUGUAUUGCAGGACAAAAGUUGGAGCUUUAACCUAAGGUGGUGGUGGUGUUUUCCCUGUUGCUCUGACUUUUCUUUCUUCCAGGGCUUCAUUUCCUCAUGGAGCCAUUUCAUUACUCAGGGAAAACAGAACUCCAGAAAGAACAAAGGAUUCAAUUGAGUGUGUAUUUCUAGUUUGCAUUUAAUAGAAUUAAAAGUUAGUUUUAUUGGCUCA